CCGCAGGACGUGACGUCAUCGCAGUCCCUUGAGAGGUCUGAUCAAGACUCAUCAAAACUGAAAAUUAUAUUUGUUUGGAAGAGCACGCUUUUGCUAAAGUCGGUUGGGGAGCGUCGUUUAGACAAAAGUAGUGUUUCUGGCAUUUUCAGGCAAUUAGAAAGCUUUUUUUGUAGGGUAAGCAUAAGGGCGGGGGGGCAGUCACUGUUGAUCCUUGCUGCUAUUCUUGAUGCAGUCACUGUUCAUCAUCAUUGCCAUUCAUGAUGCGGCACGCAUGAAAGGGGACGUUGCAAAGACCUUCAUGGGAGUUCCCCAUGGAGAAAGUGCAAGUGGGAGGGGGGGAGCGGGAGUUGCGACUCGCCUCUGCACCCUGGAGGGAGAACGAGGAGGAGGUCAGCUGAGGAUUCGUUAUGGUUCCCACACAAGGCAGCCGAAGGUGGUGUUUCCCUCCCUCGCACGCGCACGGCGAAGACCUCUGGAGGAUGACAUCUUCCCUCCGCCCGAUCUGCCUCGCUACGUUGCCACACAGUCAUCAUGUGCGUGAGCGAGGAACCACCCACCAGGCGCGUGCGCAGCCAAAGAGAGAGAGAGAGGAGCCACGACGCGGGCGCGCACAGCAGCUCAGGAAUGUAGCGCGGCAUCAGCAAACGGCCGCAGCCUGACGCCACGCGCGCCGCUGCGCUAACGGGAGCAGAGGAGGGGAGUUACCUGGUGGAGGAGGAAACAGGAGCGAGGGGUGCACGAUUUUUUUCCUUUUGGGAGGGGGGGGGGAGACAGGACGGGGGUGAAGGCGCAAAGUUGACCCAAUGGCGCUGGUGAUGGAGCCGGUCAGCAAGUGGACGGCCAGCCAGGUGGUGGACUGGAUGAAAGGCUUGGAUGACUGCCUGCAGCAGUACGUGUGCAUGUUUGAACAUGGCGGCGUGUGCGGCGAGAGGCUGCUGAGGAUCAGCCACGCCGAACUGGAGGACCUGGGAGUGUCCCGCAUUGGACACCAGGAGCUCAUACUGGAGGCCGUCGACCUGCUCUGUGCGCUGAACUCUGGCCUGGAGACGGAGAGCGUUAGGACGCUGGCACACAAGCUGGGCGCCUCGGCCAAAAACUUGCAGAACUUCAUUUCGGGCCGCCGUCGCGGCAGCCAAUCGGACAGCAGGACGUCGCGACGGCUCCCUAACGACCUGCUCACCUCUGUGGUUGACCUGAUCGCCGCCGCCAAGAGCCUGCUGGCCUGGCUGGACAGGUCUCCUUUCGCCGCGGUGGCCGACUACUCGGUAACGCGAAAUAACGUCAUCCAGCUCUGUCUGGAGCUCACCACCAUCGUGCAGCAGGACUGUACGGUGUUUGAGACGGAGAAUAAAAUCCUGCACGUGUGCAAGACUCUGUCCGAAGUGUGCGAGCACAUCGUGCGCGUGUCGUCGGACCCGCCUGCGUCUCAGUCGGCCCAUCUGGAGCUGGUCCGCCUCGCCAACGUCAAAGCCUCUGAAGGCCUGGGGAUGUACAUCAAGUCAACCUACGACGGGCUCCAUGUCAUCACGGGGACCACGGAAGGGUCUCCGGCUGACCGCUGCAAGAAGAUCCACGCGGGGGAUGAAGUCAUUCAAGUUAAUCACCAGACCGUGGUGGGCUGGCAGCUGCGCAACUUGGUGGGGUCGCUGCGGGCCGACAAGGGCUCGGUGUCGCUAACGCUGAAGAAGCGGCCGCAGAGCACGCUGGGCUCCGCCCCGGCGCUGCUCAAAAACAUGCGCUGGAAGCCACUGGCCCUACAGCCGACCGGAAGCCCGGGCAGCGGCUCGGCCACACCAUCGGGGACCCCCACCAAGACCUCCGCCCUCCAGGAACUUUACAUUCCACCUCCGCCCGCGGAGCCUUACGUGCCCAGAGACGAGACGGUCGCCUCGGACGAGGCAUCUCGCGGCCACAGCAGCGCGGCCAAACGAUCGCAUUCGCCCAACUCCUUUCUGGAUCAAGAAUCCCGGCGGCGAGAAGAGGACGAGCCGCUUUACUGCACCGCGCCGACAUACGGCAGGCUCAGGCCCAUUUCCAUGCCUGCAGAGUGCAACUGGGGGGGCGACUAUGAAGACCCCGCCGAGGUUCACAGAGAAAGCCGCAGAGAGGCAUCGCUGCUGCGUUACGUGGGCCUGACGGGUGGCGGGGCGCGAGAGCGGACCGCGACCGACGUCUACGCCUCCCACACGGCCCGUCCGGGCAAGCGGAGCGAUGACACGGCCGGGCGCGCCAAGCGGCGGAGCCACCACAGUCAGAGUCCCUCCCACUACAUUCUCCAAGCCAAUCAGAGAGAGUCGCCACCCAGAGACCCCGCCUCCAUUUACCAUACGUAUCAACAGGCCUCCUCGCUGCAGAAAAAGACACGCAGGAAGAAUAAAGGUCGAAGUUUGGCCGGCCUGAGCCGCCGGCGCGUUUCCUGCAAGGCGCUGGGCCGAGGCGACUGCGAGGGCUGGUUGUGGCGCAAGAGAGAUGCCAAGGGUUACUUUUCUCAUAAAUGGAAGAAGUACUGGUUCGUUCUGAAGGACACCUGCCUCUACUGGUACAUCAACAAGGAGGAUGAGAAAGCAGAGGGCUUUGUCAGUCUGCCAGAGUUUAAAAUCGAUCGCGCAAGUGAAUGCCGAAAGAAGUACGCAUUCAAAGCAUGCCACCCCAAGGUCAAGAGCUUCUUCUUUGCGGCAGACGGCGUGGACGACAUGAACAGGUGGCUGAGUCGACUCAACACGGCUGCUGCGGGCUACGCGGAGAGAGAGAGGAUUCGCCAAGAGCAGGAUUACUGGAGCGAGAGCGAGCACGAGGACGACGCCACCUCCAGCCCCAAACAGGACAGCCCCCCACCUCCGUACGAUACCUACCCCCGGCCCCCGUCGAUGAGCGCUUACGUAGAAGGCCGAACUACGCGACUGUCGUCCACCGAGACGUCGCGGUCCCGCUCGUCUCAGGAGGACUUUCUCUGCGGCGAGUCCACGGCCACGGCCGCCGAGCCUCAGUACCACCCCGGCCCUCUUGGGGGCGGCGCCGUGCACGGCGGCAGGAGGCCGGGUGGCAGCAGCAGCAGCGGCGACCUGGCAUACCGAUGUGACCCCGCAGAGUACCGCUCCAGUCCUGCGGGGGGCAGUAGCGAGACGGGCUCACCUGGCCGCUCGUCCUCGUCUCAGAGACGUUCCUGGCAGGACUUGAUUGAGACGCCGCUGACGGAAGCAGGACUGCACUACCUGCAGACGGGACCGCUAGAGGAUGCCGUAUUCGCCGAGCCAAGCCCGGCUGGCCCGACGCCUGUCUCGGCCGGGGCCGUCUACACGCUUCCUGCGCCGAGGAAUGUACCGUUGCCCGUGGCGAUGCAGAGGCUGAUCCCCAUGGCAACGCAAGGAGGGAAACCUCGCAGCUUCACGCUGCCACGCGACAGCAACCUACAUGCGCUGCUGGCGCCUCCUGCCAUGGACGAGCAGCCAACGCACAACAUUGGCAGCGAAGUGGCGUCCCUGGGCGACCUGUUCCGCGCUUGCGAGCAGGGCGGCGUGUGUCCCCUCGGACGGGAGUCCGAGGCCAAAGCCCAGUCCCGCUUCAGGCAGUCUUUUCUGCAGCGGGCUGCAGACCCGCAGCUCAACGAGCGCCUGCACCGCCUACGCAUCCUGAGCUCCACGCUGAAGGACAGAGAGGGGCAGCUAGCCCUGAUUGAAAGGCUCUUGGCCCGCCCCCAGCUGUCGUCCGCAGAGUUCCAGGACUGGAAGCGAGCUUAUCAGGAGCACUUCUCACAGAUGCCAAACGAGGCCGAUGAGCCCGAGUCCGGGUCCGGGCCCGAGGCCGAGUCUGGGCCUGAGGCCGAGCCCGAGCCCGGGCCGCCGUCGACGCCCUCGCUCUCCCACACACACUCCUAUAUCGAGACGCAUGUCUGAUGCAUGAGGAGCAGCCACCGCAGAGUGUUGAUUUAGCAGGAAGUGAUGUCAUGAGCCCGGCCGCAGGCCCUGACGUGAUUGGUUGAAUGUCAUCGUUUGGAGCGGGAAGAAGUCAUUUUCAACACCCUUUGGGUGUCAUUUGUUUUCAGUUAGCAUCCAAGACCAAAACAUAUUUAAAUGGAAUGGACAAAAAUGGGACAAAAAUUAUAUUAUAAAAAAAAAAACAUUUUCAUUAUCAAUUGAAUAUGGACAGAAUGCAAAGGAGAGUGAAUACUUUUCCCGGAUUAUUCGUUGUCCAAUGUAUUUUUAAAUCGCAUCAAUGUUAUGAAAUGGCACAUCAAAUUGUACUCAGCAGCCAGAACAUUAGGCCCGCCAACACAUCUUAGAUUAGAACUGUCUGCCAAAGAUAAUGCGAGAAUUCAACACAUUAUUAUUCUGGUUGCAGUUUGCGGUCAUCUACGACUGCGAUGCAUCAAACUCUUUCUUCUAUAUUUCUAUUUCGAUAUCUUUAUAGAUGUGUUCCUAAUGUUCUGACUUUGGUGCAUAGAUAUGGACAGGAAGAACGCAAUGUUGAGCUUGGAUUCUGGCUUCAUGCCGCCAAUGCUUGUCAUGAGCGGCAGCAUGUACUUGCUGUAAAUACGCGCAAUAUUAUUAUUUAUUUGAUGACCAUCACCAAGUUCUGUCUUCAAAAGUGCUCGAUGCAGUCAGUCACUUUAGAGAGUGUCUUGUCUUGGCUGUUGUACUCGAUCCGUUUUUGUAGGCGUGCCAGGAUGAUAUCAUGACGCGAUUAUAAAUUAGUUUGGCCGAUCAUGAUGAAAUUAUGAUUUGUGUGUGUUGUGUUGGAAGACGCAGCUGGAUUAAUAAAGUUUGAUGGUUUAUUU